AUGUCCCUUCCUCAACACCUCGCCGCCGGCGAACUCCUCACCGCCCUCCACGGCACCGGCGAGCUCCUCACGGCCCUCCGCGGCGCCACCUGCCCCUCCUCGGCCAUCCGCCUGUACUCCCUCCUCCGCAUCCGCCUCCGCCCCUCAGAUCCUCCUCAUUGCGCCGGGCGCGUCGCCGUCUUCGCCCUCAAGCCCCUCUCCGCCGCCGCCUCCCUCCCUCUCCUCUCCCACUUCCACGGGCACCUCCUCAGGUCCAACCUCCUCGCGAACCCCCACGUCGCAUCCUCCCUCCUCCGCUCCUACUCGCUCCUCUCCCCCGCCGUCGCCCGCCACCUGUUCGAUGAAAUACCCCCCGCCACAUGCAACACGUUCGUCGUCAACGUCAUGCUCUCUUCCCUCUGCCGGUCCUCCGACCUCGCCUCCGCGCGUCUAUUCUUCGACGGCAUUCCCGACAAGGACGUCGUCUCCUGGUCCACUAUGCUGGCCUGCUAUUUCUCCCACGGCCGCGUAGCCGACGGCCUCGCCUUCUUCCGCGCCAUGACGCUCACCCCCGAGAUUGCCGCAGACUCCGCGAUGCUCGUCACUAUCCUCACGGGCUGUGCGUCGGCUGGCUUGCUGCCGCUGUUCUGCAGGUCCAUCCAUGGGUACAUUGUGCGGCGCCGCAUCCCAGCCAGCAUGUACCUCGGCACGUCGCUCAUUGACUGCUAUGCGAAGGCAAACCGCAUCGAUUAUGCUUCACGUGUGUUUGCACGCGUGCCUUCCAGGUGCGUAAUGCACUGGACUGCGAUGAUUUGCGGGAUGACUAUGCAUCUGCAAAGUGAAGAAGCUAUCCGGCUGUUUGAGGAGAUGCGUCGACGAGGAGUGCGCCCGAAUGCGAUGACAUUCACAGCCGUGCUCAGGGCGUGUGGGCAUGCUGGUCUGAUGGAGCAAGGGAGGGAGUUCUUCAAACUUAUGGUUGAGAAGUAUGACAUUGAGCCAAGUAUACAUCACUAUGGCUGCAUGGUUGAUAUCUUUGCAAAGGCAGGGCAGCUGGACGGUGCUUAUGAUGUCAUCAAGACCAUGAGACUGGAGCCAAAUCUCAUCAUCUGGACCUCAUUGCUAGUGGCGUGCAAGAGGUUUAAGAAUUUUGACAUUGCGGUGGAGGGAAUAGAGAAAGUUCUCGAAAUGGAGAUAUCUGAUGAAAAUCUUGGAUUAUACAUGCUUAUGUCUGACCUGUAUGCUAUGGGUGGGCGGUGGGAUGAUGUUGUAAAGGUUAGAAGAUUGAUGGAGGAACAUAUUGUGCGGAAGAACAGAGGGUUGAGCCCCAUCAAGGCAGGUGAACUGCGGGCCUUGACUGUUCCUGCAACCACUUGAUCUUUUGCAAGAUUCGGCAUCUACAAAGUUUUUGAUCCAGUUGUAGAAUGAUCAUCUUUUGAUUAGACUCACCACAGAUUUAUUCAGCGGAUAAGUCCACACGUUGCAUGAUGUAAUCCAGUUUGAGGCCUUGUGGGAAUCAGCGGAAUGAAAACAAAUUUCUGCUCCGACCUCUUGCAAUAUUAUAUUGAGGCCUGGAGAUAACAGAUAAGGAUUUGUUCAAAUACGUGGCUGAUCAUGGUGAACUCCUUUGUUGCAUUUUGGCAUUUCAGAGAGAAUGCGGACUAACAGUAGGGUGUCAGGUCAGGAUUCAGAAAAAUUCAUUUAACUCUGUACUAUAUAUUGAGGCGGUUUUGCCGCUAACAGUGUGCAGCUACAGUGUCUCAAAUAAAAUCCGCAACCCUCAACUUUGUUGAUC